UCGCGAACACAAUUUGCAUUAAGCUUAAGCGGGCAUAGAGCUGCUAUAGAGGCAUAGACCAACUUACAAGUUGUCAAGUUUGAACUUUUUGUUUGUAGUUCCAACUYUUUCAAUAUUCUAGUUCACAUAAAAAUUUUAACAACACAGAAAUUCCAAGACUUAUUCAGUCUGUUUAUGCGAUACAAAUUACAUUUAUUUUUCAAUUAGAAUAAUAUCAUUGUGUUCGCUAUAACAAUGAAAAUUGAAUCGGACUUUUUACCCGAAAAACAAUGUAUCGUCAUCGAUAUUGGAACCAAGUACACAAAAUUUGGAUUUGCUACUGAACAUUCACCUAGAUGUAUUAUUCCUACUCUUUGUGAAAUAGAUGGUACACCUAUACCUGACAUAUAUAAAUGUAAAGAUGUACAAACACUUACGUUAGCUUUAACAAAUUUCAUACAUAUGUUAUUUUACAAAUAUGCACUUGUGGCACCWAAAGAUAAAAAAGUAAUAAUUGUUGAAUCAUUAUUAUCACCAACAAUAUUUAAGGAAAUACUUGCUAAAGUGUUAUUCAUUACUUAUGAAGUUACAUCUCUAUGUUUUGUCCCAUCACAUUGUGCUUCUUUAUUUACACUUGGAAUUUCUACUGGUCUAGUUCUCGAUGUAGGAUACAAAGAAGCUAUUCUUAUACCAGUCUGUGAAGGAGUACCCAUUCUACGUCUAUGGCAAACAAUGCCAUUAGCAGGACAAGCUGUAGAAAAUCAAAUCAAAACUCGCAUUGAUAUAGGACAAUUAUCUUCUGAUGAAUCGAUUGACAAUGUCGCUGAAGAUAUUAAAGCUAGAUGCUGUUUUGUAACAACAUUAAAACGUAGCAAAAUUYUAGCUACAGGUCAAAAUGUUGAACCAAAAACUUCUGAUGUUGAAUAUCAUAUAAAUGGAGAAAGAUCCAUAACUAUACCUGGAGAUGUUAGAGAAACAGUCCAUGACAUAUUAUUUGAAGAAAAUAUUGAUGAAAUGUCUAUCACCACUAUGAUACUUGAAACUAUAAUUAAUUCUCUCAUCGAUAUCUUAUGUAAAAAAAUUUCUAUUUGAAAAAUGUUGNUUCUUAUUGGUGGCACGGUAAUGGCCAAAGGUUUCAUGUCAAGAUUAAAAGAAGAACUUGUAGAAAAACUUAAAUGUUCAAAGUAUAACAAUUUAAAAAUCACAAAAUUUAAAUUUCAURUAGCACCUGCUUAUGAAAAUUACAUUGCGUGGCUUGGAGGAUCAAUAUUUGGAAGCACAAAUAAUUUGAACAUACUUUCACAAACAAGGGAAAAUUAUAUUAAUGAAAAUUAUGUUCCAGACUGGCCCACAACGUUUACCAGACAAAAGAUUGAAUAAAUCGUAAUAACUACAAAUAUUUUUCAUAAAUUAACAUUUGUUAUACUAAAUGAUUAAAUGAUCAAACAUUACUCAUAAACAAAAACAUACUUUAAUUUAAUUUAAUAUUUUCUAUA